AUGGUAUUCAGCUUUUUUUCAUCGUCCGUCAAAAAUAACGGAAUUUUCAAAGAAGAGCUUGCGGUGAGAGGCGACCUUGUUCUUGCGCUUGAAGAGAGGAUUAAGGCGAUACCGGAUGGGGCUACCUCAGCAGGCAAACAAUCUGGAGGAUGGGCAUCCUCCUCAUCAUCUAAAAACAUCAAGUUUGAUUCAUCAUCAGAUGGAAACUUUGAGAGCGAGUAUUUCCAGCAAAGUGAAGAAUCGAGUCAGUUUCGGCAGGACUAUGAAAUGCGGAAGAUGAAACAGGAUCAAGGUCUCGAUAUCAUAUCUGAAGGAUUGGAUAUGCUAAAAGAUCUGGCCCAUGAAAUGAAUGAGGAAUUGGAUAGGCAAGUUCCAUUAAUCGACGAGAUAGAUGCAAAGGUAGACAAGGUGACUAAUGAGAUUAAAAAUACUAAUGUUAGGCUCAAGGAAACACUCUAUGAGGUGAGAUCGAGCCAAAACUUUUGCAUUGAUAUUAUUCUUCUAUGCGUAAUUCUUGGAAUUGCUUCUUACUUGUACAAUAUAUUAAGCUGAGAUGAUUUAAGAGCUUCUUGUCUCACGUGUUUAAUUGUGGGAUGAUCCUAAACUUAGAGGUAUCAUGGAGGAGCAUUCAUCGAAUAACAUUUUUCAAUGAUGUUCUUAGCUAUGGGUAGAAUUUCUUUAUUUCAUUAUUGGAUUUACUAUCUCGCAUUUUCACUCAGCAUUUAUGUAAUUGGAAGAAUUCAAAUAUCAAUAUUAUCUUCUCGA